UUAACCCUUUCUCCCUCUCUCUCACUUCGUUAAACCCUGGAACCCGCCAACCUUCAUCCUUGUUCAUUUCUUUGAGACUUUGAAUGCCACAAGCAAGAUUCAUCCUCAAUUCUCGCCUUGAUUUUCGCAAGCAGAACCUUCAUCCUCUUCCUCUCGAUUCAAAAUCGUCUUUCCCUUUUCUUCCUCUCUGUGCAGCAGAUUCGGGCAGCAGACCCAGAUCUCACCGGAGCCACGAACACCACUUCUCACGGUGGUUCUACAAUCCUAAUCGGCGUUCCUCUUCUCGAUGCUAGCAUUGCAUUCUCUGAAAUUUGAUUCAAGACACAUCAAUUAGAUUGAAUUACUGAUUUUUCGUGGGGAAACAAGCAGUUUCUACAAAAUACAAUCAACACUCAAUAGUUGUUUCUUUCGGGGCAAACAUCAAUCCGAAAACCACUCCAUUUCUCAAAGGCUCUUAUUCCUUUAGGGCAUAUUAACAAGCCACAAGAGGCAAGUACCAACAAAAAUUUCUGUGCAUUAUAAAACCCCAUAUAACAACAACCCCCCCCCCCCCCCCCCCCCCCCCCCCCCCCGCGGUCAUCUCAAAAAUUGGAAUUAUGGCAGAAGAUAAAGUAUCGUUGGAUUUGACUGAAGAAACUCUUCAAAGCAUGGAAGUCGGCAUGGCUUUUCGUGAUUAUAGUGGACGAAUCAGUUCAAUGGACUUCCAUAAGAACUCGAGUUACUUGGUCACCGCUAGUGAUGAUGAAUCUAUCCGCUUGUAUGAUGUCACUACUGCAACAUGCUUGAAAACAAUUAAUAGCAAGAAGUAUGGGGUUGAUUUGGUUUGCUUUACUUCUCAUCCUACAACAGUGAUCUACUCGUCCAAGAAUGGCUGGGAUGAGUCGCUCCGCCUUCUGUCCUUGAAUGACAACAAAUACUUGCGGUACUUUAAAGGUCAUCAUGACAGGGUCGUAUCUCUGAGCUUGUGUGCCCGCAAUGAGUUAUUUAUAUCAGGUUCUCUGGACCGGACUGUUCUGCUGUGGGAUCAACGGGCCGAGAAGUGUCAGGGUCUUCUACGUGUCCCAGGAAGACCUGCUACAGCUUAUGAUGAUCAAGGAUUAGUUUUUUCAAUUGCUUUUGGAGGAUUUAUUAGGUUGUUUGAUGUUCGUAUGUAUGAGAAGGGUCCAUUUGAGAUAUUCUCUGUUGGUGGAGACUUUUCUGAUGCCAAUGUAGUCAAAUUUAGCAAUGAUGGAAGACUUCUGCUUGUUACAACUACCAAUGGAUUCAUUCACGUGCUUGAUUCAUUUCGUGGCACCCUUCUAUGCUCGUAUAAUGUUAAACCGGUAUCAACUAGUUCGACUCUGGAGGCCUCGUUUAGCCCUGAAGGAAUGUUUGUCAUAUCAGUCACUUAUUACAUUGCCGAUGCCUGGACCAUUGGAGUAUAACCUCUUGCUUUUAAUCCCCCAAAAAAAUUUUGUGCCAUUGGGCCUCUCUAAUCAGAUCAUUCCCAAGUUUCUGUGAAACUUUGUGUCAACGAAAUCUCUGCUAACAUCAUGUUUAACACACUUUUGUAUGUUGACGGUUCUAUGAGCCUGUGGACACUUGUCCAUAGGCUUAUCUAGUAGCUAUAUGGUUAUAUAAUUUUCAUAACAGUUUCGGAGAAUUUAAAAAAGGCACUAUUUUCCACUUGUAUAUAUUGAAAAAAAAAAACUUAAAGGGUGAAUAUGGCCGCUCAGCUUAAUGUUAUUCUCAAAGCUUGAUAUCUUUCAACUGAAAUAUAGGGAACGCUUUCUCUUCAAUUAAAAUACCGACUUCAACUUGCUUCACUUAUCUAUAAACUCCCAAGGAUUCAUUUGGUUGGGCCUUUUGGAGCUCUCGGUAAAAGGAGUCGAGAAUAGACAGCUUCUACAUGUUUGGUUGCGCCUGUUGUUGAAUUAGACCUGAAGGUGGAUGGGGAGGUAUACUGUUGGACUAACAAUGGUGAAGGGGUGGACAAUGUAAUUCAUGAGGGUGUAGUUGUGUAGGCACUAGGUAGCUAAGAAUUUUUUGUUAAUUUGCUGCUUCUGUAGACGUUAUCUAUACAAGGAAUGGGAUAAAAUGAAAUCAUUCUAACUACUCGAUUUGAAUUUCAAGGAUGACGUUUUAACAGAAUACCUUCUAAAUAUAUCUUUCUACCUUGUCUUCGAUAAACUCAUUAGGUCCUUUUGGACACCAAAAUAAUUGUCCAAGGUCUCUCAAUCUUUUACACUUAGUUUUAGCUCAUGGAUUUGUCAUAUACGAAAAGUCUAUGCUGUGGUGGAUGCCUAGAAUUGAUCUAGCAUAUUUAUAACAAUUGAAGUAGAGAUGUAUUCAGAGAAAACCUUGACAUCCUUUGAUAUUGACUAGGGUAAUCUCUAAUCACUUCUCAGCAAGAAUUGUUAUUUCACUGCAGUAACUUUUGACCUAUUUAAUGUGGACAAUGGCACUGUAAGAUUUAUAAUGUCUGCAGAGUACUUUUAUAGGUCACGACUACUCCAUUGUAAGCCUUGAAAGUAUAUACAGAUCCCUAUAUUUUUCACUGAACAAUUUACAACUCUUGGCGAUAGAUUUGGAACCUUUUUGGCCAAAAAGUCUGUCACAAAAUCAAAUUGUUUCCGUGAGAUGGAUGUCUUUCCUCACCUUGACUCGGGAACUAUUCCGCCUACCUUUGGCAUCGAGUUUUGCGAUAUUUUUGGUAUUUCUCUGCUUUAGCUCAACCACCAGUUUCUUUGUUACUUCUCCUUUUUAGUACCCCGCCCAAUUAUGUUAUUCACUUUCACAUUGUCCUGAUGUACCUCUUUGCACCCUGCCUCCAUCUCUUAGUUCUGAGCCUCCUAUCACAUGAACAUUUUUGAGCUUUAUUUCGUAUAUAUCUUGCUAGUAUAUCCUGUACCUGGGUUUCUUCACCCUUUUGUACCUGUAAACUCAUCCACUAUCUCCUCCCAAUAUAGUCAUGGAUUUGUCAUCUGAUAGGUUCUUCUAAUUCUUUUUGGCUUUUAGCACAUGAGGACUACUCUUUUAUUUCUCAUCUUGUACAAUCUUGCAAAAUCAACAGUUUGUGUUGAAUAUUUGAUUAUAUGCUGAUACAGUUUUGUAAUAGCUAUUUCCCGUUGGCUGAUAGGAUCUUUGCAAUGCAUCUCUUAGAUUUAACCAAGUAUUGUUUCCUUCUCUUGAUAAGUGAGUUAGUUCAGUUCAUGUUAAUCUGCAGUUCUGUUGUUUCUGUUUACGUUUUUAGAUCCUUAUGCACUACUUUUUAACCAUCUCC